AUGGGUUUAAUGGUGUUCAUGAUAAUUGCAUAUUCGAUUACAGUUGUUGGAAAUGGACUCAUUGUGGUGGUGGUUAUAGCUGAUCCACGGCUCCACAACCCCAUGUAUUUUUUCCUGUGCAAUUUGUCCAUCCUUGAUCUGUGCAUGUCAUCAUCUGGAGUCCCACAAUCUAUAGCCAACUGCCUGGAGGACAGACCUGUCAUGUCUUUUCCUUUAUGCCUCACCCAACUCUACACUGGCCUUUUCUUUGGCUCAACCGAAUGCUUCCUUCUUGCUGUCAUGGCUUACGAUCGAUUCAUUGCCAUCUCCAACCCACUCCGCUACAUGCUCAUAAUGAACAAUACAGUUUGCACCGUCUUGGCUUCUGUGACUUGGUUUAGCGCCUUUAUGUUAACAGUAGUCCCCUGCCUUGCAAAGCCAGCUAGAUUCUGUGGAAACAAUGAGGUGGACCAUUUAUCAUGUGAAUUUAAAGCUGUUUUCAAACUCAUUUGUACAGAUACCUCUAUGAGCCAACUAAGCAUAUACUUCACUAGCACUUUAACGCUGGUUCUGCCCCUUGGCUUCAUCCUUUUUUCCUACAUGCGUAUCCUUGCAGCCAUCCUGAGGAUGAAAUCAGGAGGCAGGAUGAAGGCAUUUUCCACCUGUGGGUCCCACCUGGCUGUGGUUUGCAUGUUCUAUGGCACAUGCAUAUUUACAUACCUCCUCCCUCAAAAUAAGAACACGCGUGACGUUGACAAAAUAAUUUCUGCAUUUUAUGGAGUGCUGACGCCCAUGAUCAAUCCUUUAAUUUAUACACUCAGAAACCAGGACGUGUUGGGAGCAUUGAAGAGGUUUCUGUUUACAAAAAGCUUAUAG